AUGCCUGUGUUUGAGUGUGUCACCCAUGCCCUGACUAGAAAGCUGAACCCUGGAGGGGAUCUGAUGCCCCUAGACAGCCUCAUCGACUUCAAACGCUUCAGUCCCUUCUGCCUGGUGCUGAGGAAGAGGAAGAGCACAGUGUUCUGGGGAGCCCGCUAUGUCCGCACAGACUACACUCUCCUGGAUGUGCUGGAGCCGGGCAGCUCCCCCUCAGAUCCAACAGACAGUAGCAACUUUAGCUUUAAGAAUAUGCUGAAUGCCCAAGUAAAGGUAGAUGUAGAAGUGCCAAAGACAGUGAAGGUAAAGGGGACUGCAAGCCUGUCACAAGGAAGCACACUGGAGGUGCAGACACUCAGAGUGGUUCCCACGGCUCUGGAGAACUUGCACAAGGAGAGGAAACUGUCAGCAGACCACCCAUUCCUGAAGGAGAUGCGGGAAUACGGGAAGAACCUGUAUGUGGUGAUGGAGGUGGUGGAAGCCAAGCAGCAAGUCACUCUGGAGAAAACUGCCAAGGCAAAAGGCCACUUCUCUCUCCGCCGCAUGGCCACACUGAUACUAAAGGGAUCCUUGAACGACGAGGAGGCUGUAACCAUCCCCAAGGGCUGUGUCCUGGCCUAUCGAGUGAGACAACUGAUGGUCAAUGGGAAAGAUGAGUGGGACAUUCCCCACAUUUGCAAUGACAGCAUGCAAACCUUCUAUAAGCCCAGGAUCAGGUUUUGCAUGGGCUUCAGAUCUUCUGCCUCGAAGUUAUCUGUGAUCCAGGCAUCUGAUAUUGGAACUGUGCCUGUAGACUUCAAGACAUUAAAGGAAGAGGUUCAGCGAGAGACUCAAGCAGUGGAGAAGUUGAGUCCAGUGGGGCGAAGCUCCCUACUCACUUCCCUCAGCCAUCUCCUAGGAAAGAAAGAAGAGCUCCAGGACCUUGAGCAGAAGCUUGAAGGGGCUCUAGACAAGGGACACGAAGUGACCAUGGAAGCACUCCCGAAAGAUGUCCUGCUGUCGAAGGACGCUAUGGACGCCAUCCUCUACUUCCUCGGGGCUCUGACAGUCCUAGGUGAAGAACAACUGAAGAUUCUAGUAAAAUCCUUGGAGAAAAAGAUCUUACUAGUGCAACUGAAGCUGGUUGAGAGCAUCUUGGAGCAGAACUUCCUGGCCCAGGGUUCUCUCUGCAGCCUCAAGAAGGCGACUCACAAAUUUGCUAUAAUCUUCCUGAGCUCCCUUAGUGAUCUUGGUCAGGGGUGUGAUAACCGAGCCUCUGGCCGGAAUUGCCUGACAGGCAUUGAGGGCAGUGCUAGCGGACUGCGCCAGGAGGCCCAUGGGAAGGUGCUGCUGACGAACCUCAGUUGUGUAUUUGCCCUGGCCACUAAGUUUUUCAAAGGUCCAGGUUGCAGAGGGCAACCGAGGGGAUUUCUGGUUAAUGGUUGCCGUUGA